UUCCCUCCAUGACGUCUUCCCCUUCCCGCUCACACUUCCCUUCUCUGCCGUUUAUUUUGCCAUUUUAAAAUCGCCCUCCAUGAAGGAAGCGAUAGAGGAAUUGAAGGAAAAAGGAUAAAAGGGAAGAGUCUGGACUCCAUAGUCUGGACGACGUGACUGUGGAAGAUUGGGAGCAAACAAGCAUGAGCGAUGAGAGCGGCUUUGGCAAAACCAUCUGUUCCAUCUGUUACGAGGAUUUCAAACCAAUCGUCGAAGACUUACAAGCUAUCUCGACCUGCGGUCACGUCUUUCACGAGCUCUGCCUCCAACAAUGGUUUGAAUACUGCUCCAAGGCAAAGAAGAGCACUUGCCCUGUCUGCAAGCAAUGUUGUUCUCCAGAGAAUGCCCUAAGGCUUUACUUCCAGUGGAUUGGCGAUUCCGCCGAUUUAAUUCGGUCUCAGAAACCAUUCCUCGGAGAGGAAGAAGAUCCUGCGGCGUUGCGCAGGGAAGUGAAGAGGUUGGAGGGGAAGAUAUCGGGACUUGGUUCAGCUUUUGAGCGCCAACAGCGUGAUCUCAAAGACCUCAGCGAAGAGCUUUGUCUCUGUAAGGACAACUUGAAGAAAGAGUUGGAACUGAAAAAAGAAGCUUUGAAACAGAAAGUGGUCAUUCAGCAGUUGCUUCAUUCAAAAUCCGAGGAACUUGAAAAGUUAUCAUUGGAGUGCUCCAGGCUUCAGGAAAGGAAUGUGGGUCUGGCUAAAGAGCUUGCUGCACUCAAAUUAGUAUCGGAUGUGAACCUGGAGGAAGAAGAAGUAUUGAAGCUUGCUUCGUUUGGUAAUGGAACUAACACCAAAGAUACAAUAGAUGUCCUAAAGAAGUCAUUGGUCCUUCGUAACAAGAGCUACAAAGAAUUGAUGGCCCAAUGCAACCUGCUAGGAAGAGGAGAGAAUCGUUCUCUUAGAAAGCUUGAGAAGGCUGAAGAGAAGAUAAAGAAGCUGAAGUCAAGGGUGCAAGAACUGGAGACAGCUCUUGAAGAAAAGGAUAAUGAGGCCCUAAGGGCUUUGAAAGCCUCCAAGAAAACUACCACCAAGGGGGUUGAUACAAAUGAUCUGAAUCGGAACCCCAACUCUCCAUGUAUCAAUAAUAGUCCAUCAGCGAGUCAAUUGGUGCAUCCUGUUAAAUCCAUCAAGAACUCAAAUCAAAGUGGACACUUGAACAAUGAUACAUUUCAUUCCAGGAAAAUGGACCAUUCUAAAUUCGGCAAAGAUUUAGGUGUAAAUACUUCAAAGCAGGAUGCGACUGUCAUUCUGGAUCCAGAUAAUGAUGAUUACUCAGUUAUAGAUAAGGAUGGCCAUUUAUUUGGGUUCUCAGAUUCAAGCAUUGCUACUAAGAAUUACAUAAACAAAACUUCUGCUGGCGUUUUAGCCAAAGAUGUGAAAUUGCUUGUUGAUGACACUACAGAUGCUUCACCUUUAAUAAAUAUUAGAAAAGAGACUCCAUCUUCUGUUCCCAUUACCCAGCCAGGAGAUCAAUGCUUUUCCGGGGGGCUUAUUGGGCCUGAUGGAACAAAGAGAUAUCUUGGUAAAUGGUGUAAACGUGUCCACAGCAAGGCACCAGAGCAACAAUCAGGUUGUGGAAGCUUAAUUGCUGUUGGAGCUGAUGGAAGAGGAGGCAGAAUCAAAGUUUUGAGAUCUCAAAACCAAUCAUUCUUGGAUGAUAAGGGUAAUACCAUGUUGCCAAAGAGACUCAAAUCUAGUGCCCAGCAAUCUCAAGGCUGCUUGCAAAUAGAGCAUUUCUUUAGAAAAGUGGCAUGAUAGUAAAUAUGUGAGUGUAAAUGGGCUCUGAUUUUUGUGCUGCCAUGUAUUUUUUUUUGUAGCCGAAGGCACAAAUUGUUAUUUACCAGUUCUAUUAAACUUAAAAACAGAAUGAGGAGAAAAUGAGAAAGGAAAAAGGUUCCCAUGUUUGUUGUAAUAGAUUGAGAUUAAUACCAAUUUAACUUCUGGAAAGCCUUUUGCUGGGA